UCACUGUAAUCGCACAAAGGAUUGACAUGGCGAGUUGCACUUGAUUUCCCACUGUGCCGUUCCAAAUUCCCUAACUGAGUGCUGACGAGGAAUAAUUUGAGGGUUGAAAUAGGACUUGUCAAGGUAUAUCCACAGUUUCUUCAACAGGGCCUUGGUGCGUAGGGCUCACUGUUGGAAACCAAAGGCGGUUUGAAAAGCAAUACAUCCUUUGCGAGCUUUUACCACCAAGCUCUCGCUGUGCAGAAUUUGCACAAGCUGUAUGAUUCAGGUGCUCUUGGAUUUCGGUAUGACAUGCCAUGCUUUUGCGCGCCAUUUUUGGCAACCUGUGGUGUUUGUGGUACGUGCUGGCAGAUGACCUGCCUUGUCGAUUGAGAGUGGCGCAUUGCAUUGUUGGGCAUGUACGCACAUUUUGGCAGGAAUCAGUGUACCAAUCGAUUGCCGAUGUCCUUGUGGCACGAGCUUCUCCCUUCCACUGUGCUGAUUUCUUCUACGUCCUGGGAAUGUCAUCAAACUUGGAUACUUUCAAGGGAGGAGUCUAUGAUUACAACGAGACGCUGCUCUGGAACACUGCAUGGAAAGUCUUGCCACCAACAAAGUACUUGCUAGAGCCUCCACCACCUACCGGUCCUCGUCACACGUCCUAUCAUCAACCAGACUGCCUCUUCCAAUGUGCCCACAUGUUUGACAAGGUACGACUUUGCCUUGAACUAGUACGACAGUAUGAGAGGGAAACAGGGCAGAGGUAUGCAUGGAUUGUCCGCAGCAGGCCAGAUUUGCAAUGGGCUGCCGAAACGGAGAUGCCAUCCUUGGAAGAGCUAUCAAACUCAAGUAUUUACACCGCAAUCACUCGGAAUUACAUACAAGAUAGCAUUUGCAAAGAUCCAGUGCAGAUAGUCCCACGAGGCUUUGCUGAAGAUAUUUUUGACAGGAUCCUUGACACAUGUCUUUUGCGCAGAGAUUUGGAAGGCGAAAUCUGGAAUUGUGAUACAUGGAUUCAGCGCUUUUGCGACUCCAGACACAUCCCCAUCACGCUUCUCAGGCUGAUUGCCAUGAUCCAUCGGCUUCCGAGCAUCAAGGACAACUUUUUUGACUACCACGACCAAUGGUAUCAGCAUGUGCGGUUCGCUCAGCAGUUGCUGCCAGACUCGAUCUUUAUUUUAGGGAAUGAGGAUGAGGGCUUCUCAAAGAAAGACAUGAAGUGGUCCAAUUUCACUACUUCGAUUCCAGCUGCGCUUGAACCACAAGAAGGAUGCAUCACAGUAGCCGACAGUCAGUUUUGCAUGCCUGUGAAUGCUUACUUGAUCCAUCUACGAUUUGCCAUCAACACUUCUGCCAUCUACAAACUCAAAGCGAUCCACUUUGGCCUUUGGCGCACCUACCCACGGAAUAUCCAAAAUCUGAGAACGCAGCAGUCUAAGUUUCGAAAGAAUGCGAGUCAUUUCUGGUUCAGGAUUUGGUUCCCAGAAGUGCACGCUGAACUUCUGAAUGGUGUUAAUGCCAACGAGAUUCAAGAUGCACCUUUCCACUACAACUUGUGGACUCCUGUCCUCCUGCGAAGAGGAGAUUGUAUUUUUUGGACAUCCUGCGCUUCCAAAGAGGUGAGCAACCUGCGUUUCCCAGAUCGAAGGAGGCAUUUAUUGAGUGAAUCGCGCGUUUUGGCUUUCCCUUCCGGCACUUUACCAGCAGCGCCGCAAAUGAGACAUACGGCUGGGCCCUUUCACGCCGUGCAGCCAAGACAUCACAGCUCCUGGGAUACAGACACAGAGGACGCAGAGGUGUAGUUAGCCGCAUUUUGCUCGUGCACACAGUGUCCGCUGAGCCAAUAAUGGGCAGCCAAACUUGUUUGAUGCCUGAAGACGCCCAAAGUAAAGCAAUGCUUAAAACUCGCUUCUCUAAGUUGUCCGCAAUCAAUGGAAUACAUAUGUUACAUCUAUCAAUGAAUACCCGGUCUAAGCAGCCUGUAUAAAUGCUGCAACAUCACAAGGGUCACUGACUUUCAUGUUCCCAUGUUGCCGGGCAUUGCACUCAGGUGCAGCAUUCACUUUGAUCAAGCAAGUAUCACUUGUCUAGUCGCAUGGGAGUUGCUCGAGCACAAAGCUACUGACAUUGCGGCAUGAUUCGUGGAGGAGGACUUCGAACCUCGGAGGCUACAAGCAGAAGGCGAAUCGAUGGUGAACGCAACGCCCAGGUAAUUGGAGUAUGGCUGCGUGCGACGACAAAAAGGUCUGGAUUUUGGGCCUCCU